AUUUGACUAGUUGGAAACAACCAUAUUGUCAUUGUCAAUAUCAAAAUCAAAAUAUAAACAAACGACAUAUCGGUGAACCGGUUGAUACACAUAUCUACUAUAAUGCUAGAACAUAUUAUUUGAUAAGGUUUGCGCCGACAAGAUGAGUUAGGUGCGCUGAUUUAUUGAUUUCCUCAUUCAUUGCACUUUGUUGCAUAGACUAACAUUACAUUGUGUUGUGUUGUCCAUACAAUUUUAAUAAUCCAGUGAUAUUGUGAGAUUUUUGUGGCAAUUUAAAACGAAAACAGUAUGGAAGAAUCAAAAGUUAUUACUAGAGGAACCAGUACCAGUUCAUCGACUGUAGAUAAUACUUCAACACAAACGGCUCAACAAACUAUUGUAGCACAUACUCAGAGAACUGAUCAGCGAUUAAAUCAAUGUCCUAGUGAUCCACUGGAGAAACAAUCUGAUCAGCUAUAUGAUCCAACACUGUUCAAGCCACGUUCGAAAAUAAAAGAGUUGCUGUUUUGUGGAUCUUAUUCUAAAAAUAUGUGCCGUCUAUGCCUAAGUCUGGAUAGAGAAUUAUACGCAAUAAAGUACCCAAUGCUCGCCACGGUGGUCAGGGUUAUCACUGGAGAUGAGAUGGACUUCAGGCCCUGGAACUAUCCCCCCAGUUACGCGUGCAUGGAGUGUAACGACCGCAUCGAUGAUUUUUCUACGUUUAGAUGUGAUGCCAGGAUAGCCAAUCUCAACCUAAUGUCUGGUAUACGCUAUGUAGCAGGGAUCGCACCAGAUCCGGAAACAUGGGAAUCGGAUUAAGUGUUCACAAGAAACAUAUUCACAAACAGACCAACAUAAUAAAAAUGUAAAUAGGGUUGAUGACUAUAAUCUACUAAAAGUGCGGUGUAUUCACAUUUGUUUUAUAUAAAUGCUAUCGUGAGACAAACAAACAAAACUUUGAAGUUAAUUCAUGACAUCACCAUUGUGUAACUCGUGAUUAGGGGCCCCGUUGUGGUUUGAAAUUAGACGGGCAUUCCUCGCAACACGUAUUUUUGUCUAGAUAUUUUAGAAAUAUGUGAAUGGUAAUUUUGUAAAUUUUAUUUUAUUUUCAUAGUAUGUUAUAUUGUAUUUAAAAAAGUAUUAUGUAUCAAAAUACAACAUUCUGAAUAUUGUAUGUAUUUUACCUACCUAACUAAAAAUGUUUUUCAAGUAAAAUUUGUUAGUAAGUAAAUCAGUUAGGUCGGCAAUGCACCUGUGACUCCUUGGGUGUUGCGAGUGUGCAUGGGCGCCGCUGAUCACUUACCAUCAGGUGAUCCGUCUGCUCAUUUGCCGCUAAUUCCAUACAAAAAACGUAUUGUUCAUUAUGUAUUGUUUACUUAUAAGCUAAUUAGUAUCAUAUUUUACUAUGAACUAAAAUUAAGGAGUAAGACUCUUUUGGAAAAACGUUUAUCAAAAUUAUAGAUUUAAGAUUUUUUAUAUUUCUAGUCAUUUAAGUACGUAAGAUAUUUCAAUCUAGUCAUUAUAUCAGUAUUAAAUACUAAAUUUAUCGUCAUGAGCUAAUGUUCACAUGUAAACAGCAGCUCAUGUAAUAGUUAUGUAUAAUUAUUUAAUGAUUCUCACAUAAUAUGUAAUAGGUGUUCAUAAUAAUCAAUCAUACUCAUAUUAAUUAUAAGAAAUUGUAUUAUAAACAAGAAUAAAUGAAUUAAAAUUCUGUACUGUUCUAUAAAAUCACUCUACUAGUUUCAAUCCACGCUGGAGCCUAUAGUCAGGGCUCGAAACUAGUCGAAGUUAUGUGAGUAAGGCGUAAAGACAAUUUAAAUACAUACAUAAUUACAAUGUAAUGUUAUAAAUCCGGACUUUUAAUAAUACAAUAAUAAAAGUUAAUGAAUGAAG